AUGCAAGAUCUAUCAGUAACCCUGGUUCAAGCCUCAACCAGGUGGCACGCGCCGGACGACAACUUGGAUCUUUAUGGGGAACUCUUGUCGGCGAUUGGACAGACAGACUUAAUCGUGCUGCCAGAGAUGUUCACUACCGGAUUCACCAUGGCGGCGCAUGAACAAGCGGAACCGAUGAAUGGCCCGGCGAUGGCAUGGUUGGCCGCACAGUCGGCUCAACGUGAGUGUGUGGUCACCGGCACUUUAGUGAUUGAGGACGAAGGUCGGUACUUCAAUCGUUUAGUUUGGAUGCGCCCGGACGGUCAGUUCGAUAGCUACGACAAGCGCCACUUAUUUCGGAUGGCUAACGAGCAUAUGCACUACGCGGCUGGUAGUGAGCGCAUCAUCGUCGAGCUAAAGGGGUGGCGUAUCUGUCCGCUAGUCUGCUAUGACCUGCGUUUUCCGAUCUGGAGCCGGAACCUGCCACAUGAAUCAAGUCUUGACUACGAUUUACUGCUCUAUUUGGCCAACUGGCCCGCGCCGCGAAGAAACGCAUGGAAGACGCUGAUGCAGGCACGUGCGAUUGAAAACCUGUCAUACGUUGUUGGCGUCAAUCGGGUCGGCAGGGAUAGCAACGGCCUGGCCUACGCCGGUGAUUCGCGUGCCAUUGAUUACAAAGGUGAAGUGUUGCUGGAUCUUGCUGACGAGCCUAGUUGGCAGACGACGGUACUGGACGCAGAGGGUUUGCUCGAUUUCCGUGCCAAGUUUCCAGCCCACUUGGAUGCCGACGCGUAUAGCUUGGAUGGGUUAAAGUAG